GCACAUUGUGCAUCAUCAUCAUCUUCAAAUCAUCAUGGCGGCAAAACGUCCCGCAGAGGACGACAGCGUGCAGCAGAAGCCCAAGAGACAUCGAUUCAAUGCACGUGGGUCACGACUUACUGAUCCGACCUACGGACAAAGGGGUGCAUUCGGAAAUCUCGACCAUGCAACUGUUCCCAGCGACGACGAUCUCAACUGGGAGGACGACACAGAUGCUUUAGCAUACCUCAAGACAGUUCGACAAGAAGCAUCCGCGAUCCCCCACGUGCUCGUCGCUUCGAAAGCUGGGCCGCAGCUACCAGCAAAGGUCGAGAAUGAUGACGGCGAAUAUGUUGAUCGAAGUAUUUACAAAGACGGAAGAGGCGAUUUCAGAGGCUACUACCAAGAUGGCGCAUACAUCUCCCGACCAGACGACUACCAUGGCGAACAGGACGAUGACGAGGAAGGCGAAGAAGGCGAGUAUGAAGUGGAGAUUGAGGAAAAUGGCGACGAUGAUUACGAGCUCGAUAGUGCAGACUCGAGCUAUGUCGGUCCCAUCAACAGCAGUUCGGCUGAAAUCCAUGAAGCCUACUACACCGCCCUCAUCAAUCAGUAUCAGUCCAUGCGCCAACUCCUGCACACAGCACCUCCGGAAAGCGCCAUCGCAGCUCUACCCACAACCAACCCUACAGAGGUGCCCAAGUUCGGCCCGACUUCUCAGACCUUCCCAGUGUGGACGGGCCAUGUGCGCAACAAUGAACCUUUACCAGCACAGAUUGCCGUCAUGCACAAAGACAGUGUCAUCCGCCUAAUCCGCGUCAUUCUUGGAGCCAAAUUCUUCCGAAAAGGCCACGAAGUACGAGAGCGAACCAGCCGAUGGCUCUGGGCCCUUUUGGCACGGCUGCCUGACAAAGGUGAGCUCGACUACCAAGAGAUUGGUUGGGUUCGGGAGUUGGGUAAGCGAGCUGUUCUUCUCAUGCUGAGCAUGGCAGAAGCAGAGGCCCUGCAUCAAGAUUAUGACAUCGGGUUGCAAGCGGGCAGCGAGCAUGAGGCAGAGGUGGAAGUCGACGAGGCCAUCGACGAGGAGCUCAGUCCGUAUGCCACUAAGGACGAUAAUACUGGUUAUGGUCUCGACGACGUGCCUCGACGUAGUGAUGACAUGUUUCCGAGUAGCGAUAACCACCAGGCUGGGAGGGAGCAGGAGACUCGAGACGUCUCGGCCAAAGAAGCAGACGCAUACAGGCACGAAGUCUCAAAUGACGAACCAGCAAAAGCAAAGCACGACCUGUGUGGUUUGGAACCCAACGUGCGUAACGAUGCCGAUGCCGGUGCCGACAAAGGCAAAGCAUUCGACCUUAAAUCCCGUCAACCCGAAGCUGAAGACAUGCACGACACGGUUGAACAACAUGGGGCUGCUCAGAAGGGCCACAAACCUUAUGCGGACACAACGCACAGCUCGAAUGCGGGAGUCACAGAGAAUACCGACUGCCAAAACGCGGAUACAGCCCGGCAACCUACCAAUAAUGGCGCAUCCUCACAAUCUGAUGUAGAUAUGCAAGACGACACAGACAUAGAGGACGGGGAAGUAUCUGAUAACGCACAACCAGAGGAACACUCGUGUGCUGACAUUGAAGCUGUCAAGGCUAGACUUCUUGCGCAGCUUGACGGCAUGAGUUAUUCCGAAGAAGCAACAGUUCUGCCUAUCGCUGGUCCUGAUGACACGUUUGACAAGAGGUCUGUAUCGGUGGAUGACGAGGCUAGCCGGGCUAAGACAAACAUGCGAGCCACAAUAAACAUGGUCCUCACGGUUGCCGGUGAGUUCUACGGACAAAGAGAUCUGCUCGAGUUCCGCAACCCGUUUGGAAGUAUGGUCGAGUAAUAUACUUUCGUCUGCUUUGUCGGAUGAUUGAAGAAGAUGCACUGAAACCAUUUGGGUCUCCCGGGUGUCACGAUGCGUAUCUAUACCUUGUAGUAAUAAAUUCAUUUGUACACCG